UGUGAUACAAAUUUUCAUGUAUUUUCAAUACACAUGACUAUGUAUUACAGGUGCAUAUGUAUGUUUCAGGUAGGAAGCUGACAGGUGAGUUGAGGGCCCUACAGCCACUGAAAAUAAAGCAGCAGAGUGGUGGCAGGAGGUGUGGCAGAGAGGUGGGGACAGGCACACGAGGAGCACACCCAGUGUCUGGGUCUGUUUUCCUGUUUUGUUUUUCACUGUCCUUAUCGGUAAAAAAAUAAACAAACAUUAAUUCCUUCAGGCCCCCUCCUGAGCUUACGAUAAGAAAAAAAAUCAGAAAUUAACAAUUAUUUUAAAGUUGCUUAGGAAAAAAAUACACAUAUAUGUAUUAUAUACACAUAUAAAAUCUAAGUUUGCCAACAACUUUCCUGGAAAAUCUCACAACACAAAUAAAAAAAACAACAAUAGCUUAAAAAAUUGCUAGUAUUUAUUGUGUGCUUACUGUAUGGAGUUCCUUGCAUGUGUAUUAACCCACUUAACCAACAGCAAGACAGACAUUAUCCCCAUUUCGAGAGGAGGAAUCACGGCUUAGACAAGGUCUGAGACUUCACCGAAGGCCUGUAGCUGCCAGCUGGAUCCCGUGGCCUGUUUGACCGCAAGUCCGUCUCAUUCCUGAGCCUGUGUUCCUCCCCGCCUCUCUCCUGACUCAUGGACGAUGUUAACUUUUUUCUCUGGGAAUUCUUUGAGGACAGAUUUUUAAAAUCUUGAGAUCCCCCAAACUGGAGAUUCCACAUUUUAUGAUAUUUUGGAAUUCAAGAAUAUUUGUGGCGUAUGGCACGAAAUGAAACCAGAGGUAAGGUCAAACUUGGUGAGCAGGGCCCUCAGAUCCUGGGUGUCCAGAGAAUCUAUAUUCAGAUGAGGGAAGAGAAACGCAUCAACCUGACUAUUGGAGGCAGGGCGUAUUUGCUGUCCAACACGUCUGUGAUUAUUAAAUGCCCAGUGCAAUGAUUCCAGAAAUCUCUGAUCCAGUGGGACAAGGACGGCCACUGCCUGUGGAACUCCAGAUGACUCGGCAUCACCGAGUUACGCGUGCUGAAGAUCCACAGCCUCGCCGUCCCUGACAUCAGCGUUUACCGGUGCAUUGCGGGCUCGGCACGAGAUAUGGUGGUUCUCAAGCUCAUUGGCACCAACAACCAGCUCAUUGCACCCCCAGCCCUCAGGGAGCUUGGGAGGGAGUAUCCCGGGCUGGGCCACGAAGAAGCCAAUGGUUUGGAAGCCAUGUGGCAUAAGAUGAGGCAAAUGUGGAGUAACAAAAACGAGCUUUACCUGGGCCACGGCCAGAUCAACAAGCAGCCUUUCUUGAGUGCUCUGUUGGGCCACUGCAGCGAUUCUGCAGGAAACACCGACUCCUGGGAGUCUUGGAAAAAGCAGUUUGGAGCAGCCGUUAAGCAGGGAGCAUGCAGCAUGGAUGCUGCCCAGUUCGACAAGCUGAUAAGAAACAUGAGCCAGCUCCUGGACGCUGGAGAGGUCAGUGACAACUUGGCCUUGCAGCUGAUCUACCAGCUGGUGGCCGACUUAGGGUGCAGCCAGCCCAUGCAGUGGAGGGGUACCCAUGGGGAAGUGCCCCCCUCAGCCCUGAGGGGGGAGACAGGAAGUGUGCCCCAGGGCUCCAGUGGGACGAACUUCAGCAAGCUGACCUUCAAGCCACAAGGGCCCACUCUCAUGUGGCAAAGUCAGCCUUCCUCGGUCUCAUUUAAUAGAACGGUGACUUCAAGGAUUUGCGGGAUGGUGUACAUUACAGAAAGAACAUAGGUCGUCAGUAUACUUUGUGAGCUUGUUACCCCCGGGCGGGCCAUGUAUACAUGGACCAAGGAUGGAGAACCCAUACAACCCUCAGAAAAAGUGGUUUUGGAUGGAACCGGAAACUUACAGAUACGGAGCCCUACGAGGAAAGAGCAAGGAAGAUACAGGUGCUCUGUAGUUAGUCAUCUCGGUUCAGACGCAGGAAGUUCUUCGGUGCUGUAUGCAGAGGCACCUGUCAUCUUGUCUGUUGAAAGAAAUAUCACCAGACUAGAGCCUGGCCAUCUGUCCGUCAUGGUUGGAGGCCUCGUGGAGGCAGCUCUGGGGGCAACUGUGGCGAUCCGGUGUCCUGUGAGAGGUGUCGGUCAGCCUAAUGUAUCUUGGUGGAAGAGAGGAGGAUCUCUGGGUGACAAUGUUUCCUUGCUUUUCAAUGGAUCCCUGUUGCAGAACGUUUCCCUCGGAAGUGAAGGAACCUACGUCUGCAGAGCCAGCAAUGCACUUGGAAAGCCAGUGGCUGCGUCAACGCUCCGCUUUCUGGGACAAAGAUGGCCAGACAGUAAACUUGUAUUUUCCAAGGACCAUAAAAAUCAUACUCUGCAGGCAUCCAGCCCUGGAAAUGGUAGCAGCGAUGCAAUACGAAAACCCCUAUCUCCAGAAUAACAUCUUGCUGCCAGCACCAACUGCACUGAACCCCGGGAAC